GACGAGUUCUUGCACUUCAGUUCCGGUGAUGGGCAAAGCACGUAUUGCAAAGAUGCUGAUCAUUCCUACAGUCAGCACAAGAAACCGCAGGAUUGUGCCUUCAGGGACCCCUGUCUGAUGGCGUGGCUGCGUGUUUGAUAAGCUGCGAGGGGCCACUAAAACCAGGGAGUGACACCACUUGAAGCCAGGGGGAACCUCCCGUUCACGCUCACUCUUUGAAACAAAACCACCACCACCCCAGAGGUGCCUUUGCAACCCCCGAUUGUUCUUUCCUCCGGCCCCGCCUCUGCCCCGAGCAGCUCUCCGUUCGCAACGCUCGGCAUCAAUAUCGAGUAAAUCAAAAACUAAACAGCCAUGCCGGGCGUUGACGGGGCCUCGACCGGCAGUGACCAACCCCCCACUACCACUACCUCGAUUGCGACCAAAGAUGUCCCGCGCGCCCCGGCGCCCACCACGAGUCCGAAACCAGAGCCCCAAACCGUUGCCGCCAUGACCGUCGAAUACGAUGACUUCGGUCUCCCGAUAAGGAAAUACACGGCGCCCACCGGCAAGAAAGAGACGUCGGGCACCACCGAGGAGCCUCGCCCGGCAACGAAGGUCGACACGACAGACAAUGGGAAGCAAGUCGCGAAGCCUGCCCGGGGAGCAACUAGCAGUAGGGAUCUGGGUAACACGAGCAAUGAAGCGGAGUCGACCAGUGACCAGAAUCCCAAAGAUGCCGCCUCCCACGGCAGCAAUGAGCUUGCAGAUGCACAGCGGGUACCUGCGGCUAUGCCCCCCGGGGAGCGUACCGCCACAGAUAAAACCAGCCCAUCGCCUCCGAACGAUCAAGGAAAGUCAGUGGAUGCCGUGCCGGAUAAUGCCAACCCGCAACCGCAACCCACGGCGGCCCGCGAAUUAGACGAUGAGUCUACGAAACUCGAAGAUCAGGCCGUGUCCGAAGCCAAGAAGCCAGAGCCAGUGGCAGCCGACCAAAAGCACGAUGCGAGCAAGAGGAUGAGCGCAGCGGGCGGCGUGUCCGAGUUUUCGCACCAACAGCUUACCUCAAAUCAGCCUGAAAAGAAAGAGGACGACGCCGACGAGUGGCAGACCAUGCCCGCAUAUGCGCCGUACGAUCUCUACGAUGACGACAACAAGUUGAUCGCGAAGGAGUACGUCGAGGCCGAAGACGAAACGUACGGUUAUGCCGGGCUUGGGGGCGCUGGGAAGGGGUACACUAAAGUGCUGCUGGACGAUGACGCCGAGUCUGCGACCAGCAUGGACGAGCACACUCAGUAUCUAUUCAAGGACGCAGGCGGCGGUACGAGUACGGGCGUGACGGACGACGACGACACCCAGCGGGAUGCCGUGGGCCAGCUACAGGCUACCAAGGAGCUCCUGACCGAGGGCCAGAGGGUCGCCUACGUGGGUUUGACCAGACUGGAGCUGUCGUCAAUGCUAAAGGACGCCGAAGCGCUCGUGCAGUCGGCCAAGUCUAAGAAGCAGGUGACGGUAGCGGCUGAGAACAUGAAAAUGUGGAGCCAGAAGAUGAUGGUUAGGCUCUAUUCCCACAUGGACAUCAGCGCGGCCGAGCAGGUUAUGAUUGAACAGCUGAGUUCCCACGGCGUGAUGCCCCAGGACCUCACCCCGGUCUUGAUGGCGAACGCCCGUGUACGGAACCCCAUGGCCGCCGAGAAGGACGCGAGGUCAUCCGUCUCCAGCGCAGCCCCGUCCCGACCCUCCUCGAUCGCGAGUCCUGCGCCGGAACAAGCUGCCGAGCCGCCGCCGCCUUAUUCGGCCGACGACGACGUGGAGCUCACGGCCCCGGUGAGGACACCGUCGCAAUUACCUACCAGCCAGAAGAUCGAUAUAGAUAUCCGGUGGACCGUUUUGUGUGAUCUCUUUCUGGUGCUCAUCGCGGAUUCCAUCUAUGAUGCGAGGUCGAGGUUGUUGCUAGAGAAAGUCGCCAAGGACCUCGACAUCACCUGGCUUGACAUCUGCCGGUUUGAAAAGAAGGUGACGGACGCGCUAGAGAUGCAGGCAAACGCUGAGACGGAGAAUUGGAACGAGGACGAGCAUAUGGAGAACCGCAGGAAGCUGGCUCUCAAGAGACGCUACCUGAUGAUGGGACUCGCUACAGUGGGCGGCGGCUUGGUGAUCGGCCUCUCUGCUGGCCUGCUCGCCCCCGUCAUCGGCCUAGGCUUGGCGGCCGGUUUCACAACAAUAGGCGUCGGUGGCACGGGUGGUUUCCUCGCGGGCGCCGGAGGUGCAGCCAUCAUUACCUCGAGUGCCGCAGCGUCGGGUGGCAUCAUCGGCGUCAGAGCCGCCAACAGGAGGACGGGCUCCGUCAAGACAUUCGAGUACCGGCCGCUACACAAUAACAAGCGCGUGAACCUGAUUGUUACCGUCUCGGGGUGGAUGACAGGCAAGGUCGACGAUGUUCGCCUGCCUUUCAGCACGGUCGACCCGGUCAUGGGAGACAUUUAUUCGGUGCUCUGGGAGCCAGAAAUGCUUACGAGCAUGGGUGACACCAUCAACAUCCUUGCAACCGAGGCUCUCACGCAAGGUCUUCAACAGGUUCUGGGCAACACCAUUCUCAUCACUUUGAUGGCAGCUCUCCAGGUGCCCGUCGUACUCACCAAACUCUCCUACCUGAUCGACAACCCCUGGGCUGUCUCACUUGACCGUGCCACCAUGGCCGGGCUGAUCCUGGCGGACUCGCUCAUCGACCGCAACCUGGGCACUCGGCCUGUCACCCUGGUCGGGUACUCGCUCGGCAGCCGGGUCAUCUUUUCCUGCCUUCAGGAACUCGCUAAGAAGGGCGCUUUCGGUCUCGUCCAGAACGUUUAUAUUUUCGGCAGCCCUAUCGUCGUCAAGAGGGACGAGUAUCUGCGCGCCCGCGCCGUGGUAUCUGGGCGGUUUGUCAACGGCUACAACCGCAGCGACUGGAUCCUCGGGUACCUAUUCCGUUUGACCAAUGGCGGUAUCAGACGCAUUGGCGGCUUGGCUCCCAUUGAAGACAUUCCCGGAAUCGAGAACAUGGACGUCUCCGAGUUUGUCGUCGGGCACAUGAACUACCGAACGGCCAUGCCACGUCUCAUGCGGGAAUGCGGCUGGCUGGUCGAAAGCGACGAGUUCACAGAAAUGGAAGACCCCGACCCGGAUAACUACGAGGAGCGGCAGCGCGAGUUGAUCAGCGAGAUCGAGGAGGCACGCCGAGACCUAGAAAAUGAAGGGAAGGGGACCACCAAGGGCGGCGCGUUCGGCUUCUUCAAGCGGAAGAAGGCGCCACAAAAGCAAGAGUGGGAGCUAUAUGAGGAAGCGAAGGGUAGCAAAAACAGCAAAACGGAGGACAAGGAAGGGAACAACCACGGCGUGCUGUUCGACGUCGACGCCAUCCGCGCCGAGAUCGCCAAGGAGAGCCAGAACCGAAAAGACGGAGACAUCGACGAGGAGCUCCUCCAGGUGCGCGAGAUCAAGAGCACCCUCCCACCCAUCAAACUCGACAGCGCAACCCUCUCCCCGCCACCAAAAACAACACCGCGCCAAACCCUCCGCGAAAGCAAGAGCGCCGAGCUCAUCCCCGCGCCAUCACCCUCCCCAAACAACCUCAGCAGCCCCAACCUCCCAUCCUACGAGCGCCACUCCUCCCACGAACCGCACCCCUCCCGCGAACGCGUCCCCACCUUCCCCACCGGCAAACCCGAGCGCAGCAUCAGCAUCAGCAGCAACAACCCCUACCAGGGCCACGGCUACGGCUACGGCUUCAACUACCCGGACCACGCCUCCAGUCUGCACCACGAUUAUGACGACGACGACGACGGCGGCGGCGGCGGCGGCGGCGGCGGCGGCGGCGGCGUGCAGAUGACGUUUGACACGAGCUUUGACGACGACGGCGACGGAGGGCCGAAAGCGUCGCCGUCGGCGGCCUCGGCUGCUGGGACGGGGGGGAUGUCCUCGCUCGGUGGCGGCCCGGCGAGGCCGGAGAUGAGGUCGGCGCAGACGGUGCCGAAUAUCUCGCUGGCGGAUCCGUGGGCGGAUGAGGAGGAGGAGUUUGGGAGGGGGGAGAAGGAGAUUAAGAUGACUUUUGCUUGAUUUUUCUUUUUGCCUCUUGGUUGGGGUGGGGUGGGAUGGUUUUGGCUUUUUGGGGGGUGGGGAGGGUAGAAUGGUGGGGUAAUGAAUGUGGGAUGUUGUGUGAUGCGAUGUGAUGAUGGUGGUGGUGAUGGGUGGGUGGUUUUGGUGGUGGAGGGGCUGGUCGGGUAAUGCUUUGAUGAUGGAUGGAUUGUCUAGGUGGGGGGUUAUUUUACUGGUUACCCCAGAGAUGGAUUCCCGGUUAGGAGGUUGCCUGGCACACGGGCUUGCU